UUCUGUUUUGUUAAUUGUCUUGAUGCAUUUGGUGAAUUCGAUGCUACAAACAAAAUUAUAUCAUCGGACUGGCAACACCAAAAUGUGAACUGUACUGUCCAUUUCAUCCAACAAUUCUAAUUUAUUGAUAUAUUGAUGCAAGAAAUUUAUUCCCUUCACCAAAUGUUCACUUCAUCGUUUCUGUAUGGGCAAAUCAUGAACAAAAGCUACCACUUUUGGCAACGGUGAGAGUAAAGAGAGCUCCGGCGAGCUUGGUGGCGGUGAGGAAGAGCGCGACUGCUAAGUAACCCUCUAAGUGCCACGUCAUUGACACGUCAGUGCCAAAUAAUCAGCCACUUAACACCGGAUGGCCUACUGCUGAGCUCCUUUUACUUCAACAGGAAAGCGAUGAUACAAAAGAACAAAGAAAAAGGAAGGCGAUGAAUAAAUCAUUUAAGAGACGAAAGAAGAUCAUGAAGCUGGUGGAUAUCUUUUCAGCUAAGCAUGAACAAUCCAGCAUGACAGUCAGAAAUGGGGGAGGUGCAAACAAUGUGACUAGUAUUGAAAAUUCUAAUUCUAUUCAAGACAAAACAAAUAUUGGGUCGAAUCAUUUUGGAGCAAAUCCAACUGAGAGGAACAGGAACUUGAGUACAAAACUAUCUGCCACUAAUCCUCAACUUACAAAGGAGGAAAGUGAUGAAGAAAAAGAACAAAGAAGGCAAUCAAAGAAGAAAUCAGCCAAGAGAUCAAGGAUGAAGAUGAAGAUGGAACGUGAAAGGUUAAAUGCUUCCAUUGAAAAUCUAGGUGUCGAAAAUGCUGCGCUCAGAGAAAAGCUUCAUGACCUUCUUCAUGAGUGUGAUAAGCUCAUAGAAAAUAAUAAUUCCAUACUGGAUGAACUCAAUGAGAUGUAUGGUAAAGAAAAAGUAAUGGAAGUUUUGAGUAUGCAGUAUGCUGACUCGGGCCAAUGCUGAUCAAAACUCUAUAAUGACAGAUGAGAUUCAAAUUUCAACUUAUCUAAAUUCUAUCAUUUUCACAUUACAAGCCAUAAUUGGCUUUUCCUUAUAGAAAUAACUAAAGUCUAAACAAAUGACAGACGUACUAUAAUGCUUUUAUCGGUCAGCUUUCAAAACAUCUGCAUGAUAAUUUAUGGUCCUUUCUUCAAUGGUUAGCAUUUUCCUUAA